CUUUCGUGUCCUACCUCCCCGACCCCAGGCCGGCGGGGCCUGUAGGGAGGAAUUACCUCCCCCUCAGCCAGGUGGUACGGUCUGGUUGCCAUGGUGACGGCCUGUACACCAUCAGGGCAGGGGGAACAUGGCCGCUUUGGCCAGGCUGCAAGGGAGGCUGCCAGGCCCGAGGGAGGAAUAUUUCCAUAGGAACAGAGCUGUAGAUGAAUACAGAAAAGCAGAGCACAAUGCUGCUGUACGAAUCCAGAGCUGGUUUCGAGGAUGCAGAAUCCGAGCAUACAUCAGGUAUCUGAACAAAAUGAUGAUUAUUAUCCAGAAAUGGUGGAGAGGCUAUCAAGGAAGAAAACACUUCAGAAAAAUGGUGGAGACAGCAUAUUUUAUUAUGAAGAUGAAUUUCUACAAUGAAAUGGCUGUCAGGAUUCAGAAAAGAUGGCGAGGCUAUUAUAUCCGAAAAUAUAUCCAUAAUUACUAUGCACUGAAGAAAUAUCUGGAAGCUAUUUCUGUGAAUAAUGAGAUUGUCAGGAAAGAACUAGAGGAGUUUGCAGAGAUGAAGGAGAAAGAAAAGGAGAAAAAAGACCUAGAAAGGGAAGAAAAGAAAAAGGAUCACCAAGCCCGAAAGAUGCAUUACCUCCUCAGCACAGAGCAGAUGGCAGGUGUGUACAACUCACCAUUCAGACAAUCACCCGAUCCAAUGGAAGUACGGUUACGGAAGGCAAGGCCUUUUAGCCACAGACAGCAACAAAUAAAGAAGCAUCUUACUGAUGAGAUUUCUGACUGGCCAACUUGUACAAGUGCCCUAACUUUCCCUACAAUGAAGCCUCUUCCACCCAUUGGCAGACAGAAACCUCAGGGGCCCUUCCGUGAUACUGCUGAAGUAUUGCAGCAACGCUACAAGCCUUUGGAACCAACCUUGCGGGUGGCAACAUCAAUCAAUUCACUAGAGAAGGCCAGAGAGGAAAUCAAAAGAGAGGAAUGGAGAAACCGCAUAAAUGACAAUAAAUUUUUGCCAUUUUCUUCAUGUCAUAAAAACCAGGAGUAUUACCCAUUAAUUCAUACAUCAAGUAAAUAUGGCCAAAUGACUUAUGGAAUCAAACAUUUCCGAGAAGAACAUCAUGAGAAAUGGGUAGCAAACACGGACUUCGAAACAGUGUUACCAUCCAUUGAUCUCUUUGAUAAGUUUGGACAAACAUAUUCCAAAGCUGGGCAAAUAGUGUAAACAUCUAUCUAUACUGUAUCUAUCCAGGAUAAGAACUUCUGAUAAGCUAUAAAGCUAGCAAUAAAGAUCUUUGAGAAAAUGCAAAGCAUAAUGUUGAUUAACUUUACUCCAGGGACUGUAAAUGUUU